AUGAAUAAUAAUUUAAAUCCUUCCGCCCCAAGUGGUCCCAGAAAUUACCAUAACAUCUCGUCGAGGACAGUCAACACUAAUAAUAUCCCUGUCUGCUGUCAGGAAGGGACAUCUCAAAUGAAAAGUUUUCUUCCUGGAAAUAAACUACCUCACCCUUCUGGUAUGCAGCGUAGUAGUCUUAGAACCAGUACUGUUGGUCAAUCUAAGAAUGUGUUAUGGUCUCCUGAUUCACUCUCGUCUAACUCUAGAGGAAGCUCACAUGAUAAUUCCUCUUUGCCGUGCUUAUCAUAUGUGUCAAGGUGCUCUUCUAAUCCAACUGUUCGUAAUUAUGAUUCAAAGUCUCAUUCACGUCCCAGUCAGCUGACAAGUGAACCAAGCACAUCCCAUACUAAACCGCUUGGUUGUCAUGCAGCGCAAAUCCGAAGGUUCCAGGAGUCAAUUACAUUUGCGCUUAUUGAUAAUCGAUUGUCUAUGCCACCGUUUAGCCGAGUAAGAAAUAUGCAUAUAUCAACUCGGAGUAGGAAUAGGACAUCAAACUUGUCUGUGCUCCAUUCCAAGAAGGCAGUCUUAUCUGUCGUUUAUGCUAUUGUAAAAUUUCGUAUAAAGCAAUAUUUAAUUGACUUACGAAAGCACAUAAAUCGCUCUUUGGAUACAUUAUUCUCUCAUAUGUUUGAAAAUUAUGAUAUUACGUCUAGAAACACUUUGGCUGCUGAUAUACUUGGAUUAUCACCUCUACUUUGUUCGCGUGAAUGUAAACAUUGUCCGAAAAUCAUGCCAGAUAAUGAAUGUCACACGUUCCAAAAAUGUGAGUCAAGUUGUUUUAAUCUGCACUCAAAUCAUGUGAUUGAUCAGAUGUCAAGUACUUCCUGUGACUCUUUACCACCCAAACAGACGUCUAUUCCAGACUCCACAGUAGUACAAGGUAGCUGUGCAAUUAAUAGUGAGUGUAUAGGUGGAAUGUGUGCUUGUUUAUGGGCUCCAGCAUAUCGUUUGAUGAAAUUAAUGUUUAUUUAA